GCAUUUCAGAAGGAUUUCCAUCUCUGUCAAGAAAUCCCUGUGAAAGUCAGAAGCAGAAGGUUUUUGCUUGAAAACACCCUCAAAGUAAAAACCUUACAUCCAUAUUCUUACUCUCCUGGUCCAAUUGAAUCCUGAUCAUCAAUCCCCCCUUUUAAAAAUGGAAUCUUCUUCUGAAUCUGAUAAACCAAGAAGGAGUGUCCUACAUUCCAUAUCCUCAGAUGAGCCCAAAUUUCAACUAAGGACUUCAUUGUCAGUGUCUGAAGGUCACACUAGUGGCUCCACAGAACCACAAAUCCGCAACUCACACCUUCAAAUCAUCAGAACCAUGAGUAAUGCCAUGCAAAGUGACAAGUCUGCUGAAAACAGUGGAGACUCCAGCAUUCGUUACAUCAGGACUACUUCCCAACAAGGCUCAUUUAGUGGGAAACCAGGAGAGCAGCAGAAUCAAGUGGGAAAGGUCAAAUUGAAGUCAAUUGACAAGCAAAAAAGAGGUGCCUCUGAACAAUGGCAAGGCAAAAGCACAGUUCAAGGUAUUCUGUCAAAUGGUCCCAGACAAGGUGAACAACUGCAAGUUGGCAUUGAUGAUGCAGCUGUCAAUGAGAACAGCAUGGAAAGGAAAAGUCGUGCCAGGCAACCUAAAAAGUCCAUCCUGAGUUCUUCUACCCGUCGCACGAGUCUCACCCAGCAUCAUGAUCGUCAUGGCACCAAUUCCCAAGGGCGGACGUCUGGCGAAGAGUAUCUGUCGGCGCGGUUUGCAUCGACGCCACACCUGCAGCAGGGCAGGCAGUGGCGUCCCUCCGCCUCUCCCGAGGGCGACGAGGACGACGAGCCCGACUUUCUACUCAUGGCGGUUGUGGAGCACGAACGCCAGCAGGAGGAAUACUCUAGUGACGACUCUGCUUUGGACAGUGGGGACGAAGAGGCGCCCAAUGCCACAGGCACAAAUUGGGCCAUUCUUAUGGUGCCGGGUCACCCGCCAGUCGGUCAAUUCACGGUCGCGCAACUGCCAGCCUUCAAGCCCCAGCCGGUCCAACCGCCAGCCAGGGCAGUCCUUGGUAUCGCCAAUCCCCAGCCCACCAAACUGAGGUCUGGUCACCUGAUUUUUAGGGCACCUAAACAAUUGGGUGACAAGAAUUAUUCUGAUUUUUUCCAGAAUUCGUGCCCCAAAAAUUGGGUGACCGGACCGCGGUUUGGUGGGCUGGGGAUUGGCGAUACCAAGGACUGCCCAGGCUGGCAGUUGGACUGGCCUGCGCUUGACGGCUGGCAGUUUGGAGAGAAGGCUGAAAACACUGCAGAGAAGUCCAAGAAACGAACAACGCGCCUCUUGAGUAGGCGCGAGUUGGCUGCUGUGCGCUAUUCACUCGCCUGCCUCACCAUGUUCUUUCUCUAUCCCGGCUGCAGCAUUUUCCUGUGCUCCCUUCAAACUCCAGCUGGGAUCGCCAACCAGGCUAGUGAUACUGAUUCCCCUGGCUAUCUCAUCCCAUUCUGAUGCGUGAAGAUUCUACUGGGCACUUGUAUACAUGAGAGCGGUGACCCACCGAAAAAUUCCGCGCGCCGCCAUGACUUUCGACACUCUCGACAUCUAUGAUUAGAACAUGAAACUAUGAAUAUCUCCAGCAACAAGUGUCUGGUCGGUGACCAUCCUAAAUACUCCUCUGAAUUACGAGUGGUUCAUAAUCAUCCGUGAAAUGAAACAACCGUGCGUGAUCCGCCUUCAUUUUGUGUCCGUUGUAGAGCAUCCACAACGUGGGCAUCAUUCUAUCGGGCAUCGGCAGCACAUUCCUAGUCAUCCUCUUGGUUCUCAUGAUCCACAACGCCGUGCAAACUCGCCGCACUUUCCUGAGGCGCAAGCAGCAACAAGAGCAAGAGGAUCGACUAAUGGCAGAACAGGCCAAGGAGGAGGACAAUAAGAAGAAGAGUUCAAAGCAAGAGGCAUCACCGUCAGUUUCCCAACGACCAACAGACUCCCCGGUUGCGCGAGAUGACAAUAAUCCUCGCAAUGGUUCAUGGAGUGUGAACACUGCGAGAAAUGCUUCACGACGAAACGAUGAGGUUCACCAAAGGUCUUCCUCUCUAACUCCGCUUGACAACGAGGCAAUCAAUGAAGACAGUGAUAGUGGCAGGAAAAACAGCUCCAUCACGACGACAUGAUUAUAUUGUUGGACCUGGCAUAUGUCGCGAAGAAACGUUUAUUGUAUACGGUCGAUUUCGAUCAAAAGACUAUUCAUGACCCUUAAAUUACCGGAAUGAUUACUGGAGGCCAGUUACCGUAAGUUUCCGAACGACUAUUAACAGACUCCCCUGUUGCGCGAGAUGACAAUAAUCC